CCAGAGUCGGGCCAAAAGUCACCCUCCGCCGCGGCGCUGUAUCACGGCAUGAUCUCGUUCCGGUACGUGGUAGCGUGCUUGAGCGAGAUGAAGACACGCUGGAUGAAAACCGUGCAUGCUACGUGCAGGUUGCUCUUGUCGAACGAUGCUGUGUAUCGGUUCCAGUGCCUCCCGUCGCAAAAGCUCAACGUUGUGUUUGAGCACGUGUCAGAGUUUGAAGGGAUGGGCAAAGUUUAUCUGAAGCAUGUUCGAAGCGGUGCAUCACUGGACGGAGGCGAAACAGUCAGCGCUGUGCUUGUCCCAGAUGACAUCGUCACGGCACGCGUGGACACCUUGACGCAAGUCCCCACGACAGUGUGCUUGGAGUUCAAUGGCACUCCCGACUCUGCGUCGGCACCGUCGUUGGACCUGUUCCCCGAUUCCUCCCUUCUUCACGACCUUGACCAACAUCCGACCUCGGCGGUUCCGUCGUCGCCAUCGGGCCAUUUUCAUGGUCCUGCUCUUCCUGAUGAAUACGAUGAAGACAACGGGUACAACAACGACCGAGACAGGUGGCGACGGGCUCAUGUCACUCGCAUCGAGUCUUCUGCCGGUGGACCGUCUAUGCUCAACAUUAGCCCCAUGGAAAUUGAACACAACACGCGCAUCUCUCAACAUGAUUUGGUGCUCCAAGCGGCGUUGCAGCUCACAGAAAAUGCGUUGGUACUACAGCAAAGCCUGCGCUCGCUGUACUUGCGCUUGCGCAGCAACCAGGCCUCAGACACUGCAGCAGCAGUGCUCAAACUCAUUCGGAGCACGGACCGGCGACCAGUGUUCCUCCACCGCGGAAUCGAUGUCAUCAUGCAGGGCUACGUCGAUUGCGGCAAGUGGGGUGCACUCUGGCGCACCAAACAGCGAUGCUGGGCCGUGUUGUGGGACUCGAAAAUGUCAUUCUUUGCGUCGCCGGAGUACGCGAAAAAGUACAUGUUUGCUCUGUCCAACGAGCGAAGGCAAAAGUUGAGCCCACUGACCCAGGACGACGACGAUGCGAUGGGCAAGCGAAUCCAAAAAGACUACGCGCCGCACACGGAACUCCACGUGAGCGGAUGGAGUGCUCGCCCCGGUGCCCCGCAGUGCGACAGGCACACGUUCGCCCUUUUCGACCAAGGCGGGACGCUGCGUCAAGUUCUCGAUGUCUCGACGGCUGCAGAAACCGUGGCGUGGGUGCGCGCCAUUGGAUCACAGGCCCAACAACACUUGGUUCGCUUGCAGACGAAGCUUGCGGCAGCGUCGGCCACCGAGUACUUGGACAUAUUGCGACUGGGCGAGUUGCCCUUGCAAAACGAGGGUACAUUACCUUGUGCUCCGUCCCCAUUGAAAAUAUGUGUUCCACUGAAAUGGUUGCACGUGCACGUCGAGUCCCAGGACGCGUCAAGUCGAUUGCGGCGAAUGAAGUGCAGCAAUUUUUCACAAGCAGUCAAGGACAUUCAGCGGGACGUAUUGCGUAUCAACGGCCACCUCCAUGCAAGCUCGUGCUUUGAAGACAUGUUGUCGGAGCUCGCGAUUGAAUUGCUUCAGCACACGUCGCGCCACACCAAGACAAGCGAAAUGGACGCGAUGGCGUUUGCGCGGCAGCUCCUCAUUCUGAGUUCCCGUACGCAUGGUGGAGGCGACGUGUUGGACGCUGUGCAUUGUUUGCUGCAGUCGCCUCACUUUUGCAUUUGCCCGGAAAUGAGUGACGCUGCGCCAGUCGACGUUGAAAUCCAGCUCAUUGACGGGAAGACAGUCGUGGAGAUCGAGAUGAUCAUGGUGUUCAAGGUCAUACCAAACGGGUCAGAGAACGCAAUCGGACACAUAGUGGGCACGUCCAAGCAGCGAUUGAUCUGUGAUAUGACGUCCAACCUGGACGUGGAUGGUGAAAUCCGCAUUGCUGUCGAGCGAGCAGGUGGUAGCUCUUUCCGGGCCGACGGGAAUUGAAGAAUGAGCGGGAUUAUCCGGAUAAUGAACUACGACGUUCGGAUAACGAAAGUUGCGUUUCGAGGUG